AUGGUUCCCCUCCUGGUGUUUCUCAUCAACCUGGUGAAGUUUGCAAACUCUGAAAAGCUCUCUAAGGUCUUAAACAGGCACCUCAAGCUUGCUUUAUUUUACAAAUGUACAACUGUUGGUCACAUUUUGCUCCCUUUAUAUGUUGAUGACAUGAUUAUUACUGGUUAUCUUCUUUCUCAGUCUAAAUAUAUAGUAGAUAUAUUUGAGCAUGCUCGUUUUAUUGAUAAUAAGACUGUUGAUACACCUCUUAAGCUUAAUACUCUGUAUUUUUCUUCUGAUGGUUCUCCAUUAUCAGAUCUUAGUUUAUAUCGUACUAUUGUUGGUAGCUUGGUUUAUCUCACUCUCACUAGUCCGAAUAUUGCACAUGUUGUUCAUAUAGUUAAAUUGCGAGGAUAUUGUGAUGUAGAUUGGGCUAGUGAUCCUACAAAUCGUCAAUCUACCACUGGCUUCUGUAUAUUUCUUGGCGAUUCUCUUAGUCCUAGGAAAAGUAAGAAGCAAGAUACUGUUUCUAGAUCUUCCAUCGAAACAGAGUAUCCUGCCUUGGCUUCUACUAUUUGUGAGAUGUGGUCCAUGAGAGGACCAAACAUAUUGAUAUUGAUUGUCAUGUCACUCGACAUCAUUAUUAGCUCGAAUGAAUUGUUUGUUACAAUUGAAGAUCAAAAAAAGUGUUUUUCUGGCCAAAUUCCAGCUCUAGAUAGGGAAGGAUGA